CAGAAUGGAUGGAAGUGAGUGAAUGAGGUUAAUUUUCUCGAGCAGAAAACAAAUUAAUUCAAUUUGUUCAAACUAUAACCAUCUCUUCUUUUCUUUACUACAAUUGAAUUAGAUCAGGGGUACUGUCCGACAAUGAAGUUAUCAAAUAUCAUCGUAGGUUUAACUUCUGCUGCUGCCGUUGUUUCGGCUGCUGACGAAGAUACUUCAAGAGAAGUCGUCACUGUCACCGUAACUGGUACUACCGAAACUCACAGAUGGGGAAGAUUCGAUCAUACCAGUAGACCAAACACUGAUGUUACCACCGGUACUCACAGAUGGGGUAGAUUUGAUCACACCAGAAGACCAGAUACCGAUGUUACUACUGGUACUCACAGAUGGGGAAGAUUCGACCACACCAGAAGACCAGAUACUGAUGUUACCACCGGUACUCACAGAUGGGGAAGAUUCGACCACACCAGAAGACCAGAUACUGAUGUUACUACUGGUACUCACAGAUGGGGAAGAUUCGACCAUACCAGAAGACCAGACACUGAUGUUACUACUGGUACUCACAGAUGGGGUAGAUUCGACCACACCAAACCACCUUUAACCACUACUGUUUUUGUUCAACCAACCGAUGAUGUUCAACAUAUUGUUAACAUCAACGCCAGAGAUGUUGCUAACAUCUCCUCCAACGCUUCAAACUCAAGUAACGCUACUACUACUGCUGCAGGUGGUGCUUCUUCCAACGCUUUCAACUAUGGUGUUGCUGGUGCUCUUGCUGCCGGUCUCUUAUUAGUUGUUUAAUUGUAGUUGAUAAUGUAAUCAUCGACAAUUUAUAAUAACUAUACCAGGCAUUAACAUAGUUGUUUUUGUUUUUGCAACUACUUUGGUUCCCUUCUAUUUCCAACAAUUUGUCAUAUUUGUUUAAUAUUGUUUAUUCUUUGUUUCUUUUUGUUUCUUUCAAUCAAUAAUAGAUUUCAAAAAUUGA